AUUUCAUUGUUUACAUUGGUAACGUUUCAUGAAAAGGGAAAUAUUAUAUGAGAAUACAAGAAUAGCAUAGAUAUAAAUGAAAUAUACUACAGAAACGUUACGCUAAGAUAUUUAAAAACUGAUUACGAGUUGAAAAAGCAUUUCAUAUAUAUAAAUUUAUUUUGUGAAGAGAAUUUCGAAUAUUUUUGGAAAUGUCUGUUAGACAGAAAAAAUACACCGUUCUUAAAGUUGUAGACAAAGCACCGUCAAAGUAUAAUGGCAAAUGGUUUCCGAGUAAUGCUGACGAGCAGAAGGAAAUGUUCUUCGAAAGCGGAGAAUUAACAACUCUAGUAACUGAAAAAGGCUCUGCCUUGUCUAAAACGAAAAAGAAACAAAGAGUAAUUAGAAGGGAAUUUUUCUUUGAAGCUUUAAGAAUUUUAGAAAAAUGUCGAGAUACUUUUGGAGAUGCUAUUAAUUUUUUUAACUACGCAUAUGGUAAGUGUUUAGAUUCCGAGACCAGCUCUCAAAAGUGGAUGGAAUAUUUAGAUGAUUGUGGAUUAACUGGAGAGAUUUUAGUGUAUUUAUCUCCUAAAUUAGUUUGUUCCUCAAAAAUUGUCUAUACUUCUGGUUCAAACAAAUUGGAUAAUAGAAAGUUCACUUUAUUAAUUAAUAGUAAAAACCAUUAUUUACGAGAAAGAGGAGUUGGUUGCCUGGCGGAUCACGAAAUCGCAACUCACUACAUUCGAGCAUACAAUGACGGAUAUCAGCCUUGGUUUAACGAUAGAAAGAAAUUUGGUUUGAAAACCAGAGAGACUAGGGAAUGGUCAUCAACCGAAGAGGGCUUAGCUUCCUUAAACACGACUUUAAAUGCCAAAAGUAAAUUACUAUGGCAACCUGCAAUAUUAUACUAUGUUGCAUGUUUGUCUGAAACAAUGACCUUCAAGGAGUUGUUCGAUCACCUAGGUCGCUAUUUAAGCUGUAAGGACACUCGAUGGCGAUAUGUAUUGAGAGUCAAACGCUUAUUGCCAGAUCCUAAUGCUGCCGGUGGCCAUGGAGGGGACCAAGUUUACUUCGAAGGUGCUAUAACAAUACUCAAAAAUUUGGACUCAAUCGAUUUCAACGUCCUGUACUCAGGAAAAGUUGUACUAAGUGAUUUAAAUCGUGUAAAGCGAUUAGCUAGGAUGAAUUGUUUACGUCUUCCUCGAUUUAUGAAAAAUGUGGCAAAGUACAAAAGAAGCUUACAUAGAAUAGCAAGAGAAAUUAUAUAG